ACCGUCUGACAAGCUGAACUAUAAUGAUUUAUAUCAUAAGAAAAUGAUGAAGUACAUACUAAUGAUUAAUAAAUCGCACUUGAAGACCUUAAAUGAACUAUCUUGCUCAUUAAAAACAACUUUAAAAAAUGCUCAAUUUUUCGAUUUUGCCAAAUCUUAAAAAUCGCCAAGGUCAAGUUAAUACGUCAUCACGCCCCCAAGACGUUGCCAUUCACAAACCUCUUGCUCUCAUGCAACGAAUGCAAUCAACGCGAUGGCGGAGGGAAAUUCAGAUAGUGAAUUAAGUUUAAAUUUAGACUGGUCUUCGUCGUCGUUCGAAGAGGAUGUAAAUGAAAACGAAGAGGAUAACGUUGGUACAAACGCUUAUUUAUUUGAACCAGAAUAUAGAGAAGAAGCAGCUACAAAUACAGACGAAGACAUUGGCGUAGGCAUUCGUAGGCUUUUGAAUACCGAGUGGUGUUUGUGCACAAGGUGUGGCAUAAUGCCUACAAUGAAAGAGUCAAAAUGCUGCAUGGAAUAUAAACAGAUGCAAGACAAGAUGGUCCGUGCUGGUAUGCAAGGUGGAUGUAUAACAUCUCAUCCUGGAUUUGAACAUGUUUGUUUAAAUGAAUGGGUGUUACAGCUUACCUACUUAUCGUAUCGGCAGCAGUAUGGGGUGCGAGACGUGUUACCACAUUCAAGAGAAGAGCAAUACAGACACAUUGCAUACAGAAAUCUGGUCCGCUUCUGCUAUGGCUAUUUAGGCAGACUCAAUAGAGUUACUCUACCAGCCUGUGCUGUGCUUAAGAUACGCAAGGCAUUUCCAAACCCAGAAGAAGAGGGUUACACAGGAUUCAAAUUAGGAAAGUUAGAAGAAAUAUAAUUAUAAAUUUUAUAGUGUAAAUUUCCACUGAUGAAUAUAACCGAGCAGCGGGUAAAUAAACUUAAUUUCUUACUACUUGGUAUUCAAAGCAUAUGACGGUCUGCGCAAUGUCUUCGUCCGUAUUUGUAGCUGCUCCUGCUUCUCUAAAUUCAUUUUGAGGAUCAUCUUCAAAUGGUAU